UCGCCCAAAAAGUGACAUUGCAGCUUUACUGAGGAGAACCACAUCACGUCUACGUACUUCGAACAGACAGAUCAGAGUAACACUGAAGCAUGUCUUUUCAGCAACCCUUCUUCAAUCCGAGAGUGCCGUUCACUGGCUGUAUCCAGGGAGCUCUGCAUGAGGGGAAGACCAUCACUGUGACAGGGAGAGUCCUGCCAGGAGCCCAGAGGUUUAAUGUGAAUUUGCAAUGUGGCUCAAGAGGAAAUCCUGACGUAGCACUCCACUUCAACCCCCGAUAUGACAGCUUCCUAGACGUUGUGGUCUGCAACACUAAGCAGGACUCCAAGUGGGGUUCAGAGGAGCGUGAAUACUUUGCAACCAUGACCCGGGGGGCCAACUUUACCCUCAUGUUCCUGGUCAACAGAGAUUCAUAUUCGAUUAUUGUGAAUGGUGCCCUCUUCAUGGAGUACCUGCACCGGCUGUCAUUCUCCAGAGUGGACACCAUCUCUGUGGAUGGGGGAGUGGAAGUCCAGUCUAUUGCCUUCUCCAACCCUGCAGUCACCUCACCUCCUCCCCAACCAGGAUAUCCUGGCCAUCCACACAGUGGUCAACGAAACCGAAAUAGAUCUCGUCAAAGCAAAACUGGCCCCAAAACUCCUCCUCAAAGGUCUAACGCCACACAGGCUUUCUCGGCUGCAGGAUUUCUUCAGGCACCCCCUCCAUACACUGCCCAGCCUCCAUACACCCCCAAGCCGUCCUUUGUUGUGCCGUAUAAAAACAUAAUGGCAGGUGGACUUUACCCAGGCAGAAACAUCACCAUCCAGGGUGUGGUCAACCACAACGCUGAUAAGUUCUGUAUCAACCUGCGUUUCAACUCGGGGGUGGCGUUCCACUUCAACCCCAGGUUCAAUGAGAACGUUGUAGUUCGUAACAGUCUCCUGAAGGAACAGUGGGGUCCAGAGGAAAGGACAGGUGGCAUGCCCUUCUACAGAGGCCAGCCUUUUACGAUGAUCAUCAUGUGUGAUACCCAGUGCUACAGGGUGAUGGUGAAUGGAGCCCUGAUGUUCAGCUACAACCACCGCCACUUCCUGUUCCAGCAGAUUGAUAUCCUGGAGGUUGAGGGGGACGUGAGCCUGUCCGCUGUGCUGGUCUGAGUUACAAACACACUGAGGUCAAAGUUCAGCGAUAGUAGGGUCUGAUUAGUCAGUGCAUUAUAGGAACCAAUGUGUGAGAAAUCAUGUCUUAUGUGUCUGUGUGUGGCCAUUUUCUGUAUUGAAAAACUGUGGCAUUUUACUGUGUUGCUGAUGGCGAGACGUUUUACAUUUCUCUCUUCCAUAAACAAUUAUAGGAAAUAUUGUCUUCUAUUGAUCAUAUUCCAGACAGCCCACAUGAUGCCUACUGUAUGUCUGGGCUCUCUGUCACAACAAUGUUUCCACAGCAAAUAAACAGCAAUAUAUUGGAA